GGAGCAGAUUCUCGGUGAACGAGAGGAGAAACGUCACGAAUGGAGAUUCAGAGUUGAACUCGUCCACAUGCAGUGCUUUUGUUGAUCUGUACAUGCUCUUGUUGAUGAAAAUUGCUGAUACUGCUGUACAGAUUACAGGUAACUGCGAGUUUAGGCGGUGUGUUUGCAACAGAAGAGGGCCCUUUGAAACCUGUCUGUGAAAUGAAAGAAGAGAUGGAUAUCUGCGCAUCCUCCGCGUCUCUCCUUGAGGAAGAACUCGCCUCUGCUAUCGAGCCUGCAGUGAAAGCGGCUGUGCUGAGCGUCAUGUCUGCGUUAGCAAAGUUCGUGGACAGUAAAUGUGCAGUUUUCAAUCUCAGACUGGACCAAAGAGACCAAGAAUUUGAAAGUGUGAGAUUGCGAUUGGAAAUAGCGGAGAGCGAGUUGAAAGCCGUAAGCGAACGAGAAUACACGAACACUGCCGAGAACGCCACACAGUCUGUCACGAACACCAACGAACAGCACAUUGAUCUCAUUCAUCUACCGACAAGGCAGAAGGAAGGGCACCGGGUGAGACGCGUUUCAUUUUACACUGAGGAUGAAUCUGUAAAUCACGAAUUCAACGACAGUAUUAUUGCUCACGGGCUGCCGGCGCGGGAUUUCUCUAAUCUUCCAGUUCAGCCAGUCAGGGAUCCGGUGCCUGCAGUCCACACCGCACUGAAAAGCUCCCGGGUUUUAAUCCAGGAGGAUGGAAGCUAUUCCGAGCAGGACCUGCUGAUGCGAGGUGAUGACUCUGAACAGAGAGACCACACAAGCACAGCGGGGUGGAGAAGAGCACUGAAAGGUCCUGCAGAGAGAAAUGCUCUCCCUCAUGCUGAGGAAGGGUCGAAGACAGAAUCAGUUCCCAUUCAAGAUGAGCUCUUUGACCAGGAAUGGUGCAGGAGUCCAGAGCAGGCUACAGAGCUGGCAUCUAUUGAAGGGGAGGAGGAGAAACCUGCACUAGAUCCUGUCCACAUUAAUGAAGAGAUCCCUGGAAUUGAACCGGUCAUCAUUAAAGAGGAGGUUCUUGAACUUGAAUCUGACCCCAUUGAAGAGGGGGGUUCUGACCACUUUGAAAGACAACAGCAAAUUCACACUGGACAGAAAUUGCAUUUCUGUGCAGAUUGUGGAAAAAAAUUCAGUACAUCAACAGAUCUGAAAAGACACCGUCGAAUUCAUACAGGAGAGAGACCGUACAGCUGUACUGAUUGUGGGAAGAGUUUCAAAACCUCUGCAGAUCUGAAAAGACACCGUCGCAUUCACACAGGAGAGAAGCCGUAUUCCUGCACUCAGUGUGAGAAGAGUUUCAAACAGCUGCAACAUCUUAAAACACACCAGGAAAUCCACACCCGACAGAAACCAUAUUGCUGCAAUGUAUGUGGGAAGUGUUUUAGUGAAUCAGAUACAUUGACAUUACACCAGCAAAUUCACACAGGGCAAAAUCUGUACCACUGCACUGAGUGUGAAAAGAGUUUCAAACAGCUACCACACUUUAAAGCACACCAGCAAAUUCACGCAGGAGAUAAACCUUACCAUUGUACUGACUGUGGAAAGAGUUUCAUUAUGUCAAAGGACCUUAAAAGACACCAGCGAAUUCACAGCGGAGAGAAGCCAUAUAGCUGUGAUUACUGUGGGAAGAGUUUCACCCGCUCAGGAACACUGACAGUGCAUCAGCGAAUUCACACAGGAGAGAAACCGUAUCACUGCACCACAUGUGGAAAGAGUUUUACUUUCCAUUCGCAAAUGAGGAAACAUAGCUGUUUGCAACAUGGGUAGAGCAUGCAGUGGGUUUGUAAGGUAUUCUGUGGCAGACUGUGGAGCAUCACUGUCUGUUACUGAAACUGCCUCAUAAGCGACUGUGUCUCCUGUGGCUUAAAAGAUGCAUCUGAUUUUGAUCUUACUGUGCUGGACCUUUGUUAAUAAAUCACAAUUGAACAUUUUUCA